AUGCUCCUCAAGACCAUCGUCAUUACCCUCCUUGCCGCCCUGGCGGUUGCCCAGCCUGUUGAUUCGGGGGACAACGAUUAUACCUAUUCCGCUGCGCCCACCACCACCGCUGCCGAGGACAGAUAUGGCGACGAUGGUGGUAGUAGCGAUGGUGGAGGCUAUGGUGGUUGGGGAUCACCGCGACAGAUCCAUCCCAGGUGGCAGAGCACAAAGUGCCUCGAUGUACGCGGCAACUACCAAGCCGACGGGACUCCCGUCCAGGUUUACGACUGCAACGGGACUGGAGCCCAGCGCUGGAAUAUCCAUGAGGGUACCGGUCAGAUCCGGCUGGCGGACACCAAUUUCUGCCUGGAUGCUGGCAAAUACCCUUCCAACGGCGCUGGUAUGAAGAUCAACAGGUGCCGCAAGAGUUCCAGGGGUCAGUUCUUCAAGUACAGCGACUCGCGUAUCCGCCUGUCACGCAGUGACAUGUGCCUCGACCUCACCGAUGGCGACUUUAGCAACGGCCGCCAGACCCAAGUAUGGCGUUGCUACGACAACAACAACAACCAGGUGUGGAACACCUAA